GAAAGCAUGGCACUUUUGAGAAAUUAAGUUAUUUUUCAAAUGUAUUUUUACCGACAGGCAAAGUGAAAUACACUGUUUAAACUGGAAGACAGAUUUUGAUAACAUCCAUUGGACCAGACCACUCACUGAAUGUUUGAAUUCAGCAUCAACACACAGACAGCAGCUCUAGCUGUCUGGUUGGCUGGCAUUAUGGUAUACGCUCGCAUCCCUACAUCCUCCUGCCUGGUUGAAGCUGUUUUGUGCAGGCAACAGAGGCUAGCUAGUGUGAAAGCCGCAGCAUGAGGAACGAUGUGUGUCUGCACUGCACGUUCUUAACAUUACAUGAAUGUAUUUUUAUUGGAGAACAUUCAAAAGCAACAACUGAGGCACUGGCUGCCAGAUUUUAGGACGAUGGAAAUUUAAUAACGACGAUGAAAUUCUCUGCUUCGACCGCAAUAGACGUUGACAUCAAGAAGCAACUUCCUCAGGUUCUUCACCCGAAAUAAAACCAUUCUCUGGGUAGGCUACACCGGCCUGUGCAGAUUCUCCCAGUCAUGGCUCUGGUUACUUUGCAGCGCUCCCCUACCCCAAGCGCUGCAUCCACAGCCAGCACUACCACCACCAACGCGGGGGAGGACUUUGGGAGUGACUAUGAGCGGCGGCUAAAUCAGAGCCUGAGCGAGAGCUUCUUCAUGGUGAAGGGUGCUGCCCUCUUCCUGCAGCAGGGCAGCAGUCCUCAGGGCCAGAAAGCACAUCCCCACCACAAACAUGCAGGAGACUUACCUCAGCACCUGCAGGUGAUGAUCAACAUUCUUCGCUUGGAGGACCGAAUCAAACUGGCGGUGCGGUUGGAGAGUGCCUGGUCAGACAGAGUGCGUUACAUGGUGGUGGUGUACACCAGCGGACGACAGGACACAGAGGAGAACAUCCUGCUGGGCAUAGACUUCAGCAACAAGGACAGCAAAAGCUGCUCCGUUGGCAUGGUGCUGCCUCUGUGGAGUGACACCAAGAUCCAUCUGGAUGGAGACGGGGGUUUCAGUGUGAACACAGUGAGCCGGAAUCAUGUCUUCAAACCUGUGUCUGUACAGGCCAUGUGGUCGGCUCUGCAGAUCCUCCACAAGGUGUGUGAGGUGUCCCGCAGGUACAACUACUUCCCUGGGGGCAUGGCCCUUACCUGGAUGGGCUUUUAUGAGAGCUGCAUCGCCUCGGAGCAGAGCUGCAUCAAUGAGUGGAACGCCAUGAGAGACCUGGAGACCUUGAGGCCUGACUCCCCCACCAUGUUUGUUGACAAGCCCACAGAGAGGGAGCGGACCGAGUGCCUUAUCAAAGCCAAACUCCGAAGCAUCAUGAUGUUCCAGGAUCUGGAGAAUGUCACCUCUAAACAGAUCCGAACAGAGCUGGAGCAGCAUAUGAGCUGUAACCUGAUGCAGUACAAAGAGUUCAUUGACAAUGAGAUGCUGCUGAUCCUGGGCCAGAUGGACAAGGCAACACUCAUCUUUGACCACCUCUACUUGGGAUCUGAAUGGAAUGCCUCCAAUCUGGAGGAGCUUCAGGACACUGGGGUGGGCUAUAUCCUCAACGUCACCAGGGAGAUAGAUAACUUCUUCCCAGGAACAUUCUCCUACCACAACAUACGGGUCUAUGACGAGGAGACUACAGACCUGCUGGCCCACUGGAACGAGACUUACAACUUCAUUGUUAAAGCAAAGAAGAACCACUCCAAGUGUCUGGUCCACUGUAAGAUGGGCGUCAGCCGCUCGGCCUCCACCGUUAUUGCCUACGCCAUGAAGGAGUAUGGUUGGUCACUGGAGAAGGCCUACAACUUGGUCAAGCAGAAGAGAAGCAUCACACGGCCCAACGCAGGCUUCAUGAGACAGCUGGCUGAGUACGAAGGCAUCCUGGACGCCAGUAAGCAACGUCACAACAAGCUGUGGCGUCCCGACCGUCCCGACCCAGACUGCGACCUCCCUGAGGGCCAGCAGGCCCAGUGCUGUGGGAGGGAGGACCCAGGUAAUCAGACUCCUGAACCGGUGAUGUCCCCCUGCUGUGAGGAGGCUCUGGGGGAGAAGGGGGCGGCACGUCCCCUCUCCCCCUGCAGGAUGAUCAGUCUGGAAGUGGACCCCGCCUACAACAACUACUACUUUCGCAGGCUGUCUGACUCGGCCCUGGACAGUGACCCCUCCACGCCGGUGCGUGCUCCGCCCCUCCUGGACAUGGAGCGGGUCUUCAUAGAGAUAGAGGACGUGGAGCGGGAUGCACUGCUGGAUGACGAGGCCUUUGGGGGUCGAGAAGGCCUGACCCACUUUGGUCAGACUGGGGAGGGGACAGCGGCCCAGACUUGCUGCCGAGGACCAGAGCCCCUGGAGGAGCUGCGCCUGCGUCUGGAGUUCAGCACCGUGGAGGAGGAGGACGAGGAGGAGGCACAGAAAGAGGAGGCAGAGAUGGAGGCACUAGCACAGCCAGGAGGAAGAGGGGAGAGUGCAGGACGAGGGGAUGGUGAAGGAGAGGUGGAGAUGAUUCAGGAAGAGGAGGGAGAGAAGGAAGGCAAUGGCCUGGACCUGGUAGCUCUGAAUCAGAACUCCAACAAUAACAACCACUUUAAUAUCCUUUCCAGCCUCAAUGGCACUGCUCCUUCCAAACCUGCUCACCCAGUCAAGCCUUCAGGCCUCUCUCGAUCAGACGACAAGCCCAGCCAUGGAGUGGAGAUACUGACUCAGGGCGCCGGUCUCUGCCUUAGCACACUGGGGAGUGGUGUGGGGUUAAGUGUCUCUGUGGAGGUCCCCAGUCCCACGCUCCCUCUCCCACUCACCUCCCCCGACACACCCUGUUCCCCCAGCCUGCUGCACCCCUGUAGCCCGCUGUGUGACUGUGCCAACUGUGUUGCCCCGCCCUCUACAAUUCUACCUGAUGCCCAGGACUCCCCUUGCUCGCUGACAUCUGAGGACAGGGCUGACAUUCUGGAGGGUGAGUCUGAGGGUGUGGAAGGGAAGCUUUUUAGGGUCUCUGAGGCUCUCCCUGUCCCAGAUCUGCUGAGCCUGGAGAAGGAGAGGCCGGCAGUGGCCUGCUGCGUGGCCCAGCAGCAGGAGACUCUAGUGCAGCUACAGAGGUCAGGGCUGGUCCGCCGCAGGGCAGAGAGGCUGGAGAGGCUGUCAGGUCUGUCCCUAGAGGGGCUUCAUCCCCUGGAGCUUCCAGAAACCCCCAGCUCAGGGGCCAGAGAGGGCACCAGUCCUGUGGAGGGGAAGUUCUCAGCUUUCCCAGGAGACUUCCCCAAGUCCUCCACACCAUGCCCAGUACGCCUAGAGCCGCUGAUGGUUCCUCUGCCUAACGAGACCCUGCUGGGGGCAGUGGGAUCUGGGGGGCUGACGCCCACUUCCUCCCCCCACGGCUCCACACUGACACGUAGCUCCAGCAGUGACAGCAUCCGCAGUGUGAGGGGCAAACCUGGCCUGGUGCGCCAGAGGGCACAGGAGAUCGAGACCCGCAUGCGACUGGCCGGCCUCACAGUGCACUCAAGCCUCAAACGCUCUAACUCACUGGCCAAGCUGGGCAGCCUCAACUUCUCCUCUGAAGACCUGUGCUCUGUCUGCUCCUCAGACGCUGGCACCCUCCUGCUCCGUUCUCUUUCCCCAGAGCCAGGCCGAGAAUGGGAGUGCCCCACCACCUCCACCUCUUCCUCUACCUCCACCUCCACCCAACCCAGAGCACAGAGGGACCAGACCAGCCCAGAGAGAGCACUGCCUGGGGGGGCCAGGAGCUGACAGGAAGGAUGGAGGGACACUCCUCCACUCAUCCCUCCAUCCCCCACUCUGAGCUGGAGAGGGUAACACAGAUUUUGGAGAGGGGAGAAGGAUAGUCAAAUGUGUGUGUGUAUAUAUAGAAUUAUACAUAUAUAAAUAAACAUUUGAAUAAUAUAUAUUGAAGAAAAAAGAUACAAUCCAAAUAUUAUACCAUAAUCCAGAUGGUAUUUUGGUUAGACUGUUUUUGCAUGGAGCUCAAUGAAUGUGUGUGUGAAGAUGAACCUCGUACAGAAGACCUGGUCUCCAUCAGGACUUAAAAAAGCUAUUUUCAUUCCUGGUCCUCUGCCUUUCUAGCUGUCCAGAGAUCAGAAUUACAGCUUCAUCAUUAUCAUCACCACCGUAUUCCUCAUUAUCAUCACCAUCCUAUAUAUACCCUGCCUUCCACAAGCAGUGGAGAUGACAUAGACUUUAUCAUGAAAUGUUCUGUUUGCUUUACCAUUGGUUAAUGGUACACAUUGUUGAUUGGCAUAGUUGCUGUCUAAGAGUUGAUAAUCAGAUGAUAUUGAUUUUGCUGAAAACAAAGGGGGAGAAAAGGGCGUGGUUGUCCAUGCUGUAUUUAGCACUGCUCAUCUAUCUUAGCUUCAGUAAGCAAUAUGACACUUACAGAGACCAUAAACAUGUCAUAACACAAAGCACCAUUCAUUUGAUGUGCAGUAUGUUGUUUGGAGGACAAUGGCUUUCAUGUGAUGGGUCAAAUGUGAAACAUCACAACGGUCCUGGAGAGUUGGUAUGCUGAAACAUUUUCUUCCUCUUUUCACCUCUGUGUUACAGAUGAUCAGUUCCAGGUUGUCGGUUGUUUACUAACGAUGUGAUAUUAGAAAUGUGAUUGUAAAUUAUACAAGCAUAGAAUCCAUUUCCUCUGCUUCUGAGCCUGCUUUGUAUUUGGGGAUUUGAAUAAUUUUGGGAUGAGCCAAAUAGAUGUCACAUCAUUUUCAAACAAUUCAGAUCACAAAAUAAUAAAAUACAAAAACAAAAAGACCAUAGCCCUCCCUGCAAGUACUGCAGUAUGAUUCCACUUCUGUAACAAAAGUCAUUCCUCCUUCCUUCAUACUAUAAUAUUCUCCAAGCUUCCAACCUUUACCUGUGGCAGAACGUCUACAUAUAAUUCCAGGAGUCUUCUGGGACCAUUCUACCUCUGACGCCACGGUGAUGUGGUGCUUUUCAUUUUGUUCAAGCAGUUCUACAGACCUGCUCCUGUCAGGUGAGAGGCUCACAUGUCGUAUCGUAUCUCUGCGGGCUGUAUGUUGUAUGCAGGGUAGUCCAUAGUUGUCUGGUUUCUAAUCUUAAAUCUGCUGAGCCUCCAAUGUCUGGACACUCAACAGCCAAACCUCACCUGAGAUUCAGCAACAGUACAGUGGGAAACAUAUGACUCCUUUACUGCCCUCCCUUCCCAUUAGCCUGUGUCUAGGCCUGGGAUUACCAGUGUUUUGUAGAGGUCCUUUCUGAGAUCGGAGUCCCCUAUCAGAACCCUCUUGUGAUUUUGCUUUGCUUCUGGAUAACUGCUGGCUACGUUGAAUGCUAAUCUUAUUCAAACUGCUCUGGGUCAGUUUUAUAAAUUGAGCAUAGGGGUGGCAGGUAGCCUAGUGGUUAGAGCGUUGGACUAGUAACCGGAAGGUUGCACCAUCGAAUCCCAGAGCUGACAAGGUUAAAAUCUGUUGUUCCACCCCUGAACAAGGCAGUUCCUAGGCCGUCAUUGAAAAUAAGAAUUUGUUCUUAACGGACUUGCCUAGUUAAAUAAAGAUAAAAUAAAUAAAAUAGAACUUCUCUCCCUCUGUAACUGCUUGUUGAUUCACGCUUGUCUGUAAUCAUGUCCUUUAUUGCAUCUGAGACUUGGUCUUUGAACUGAGUUGCGCUGCAGAAUCAAAAUUGUGAGCAGUUGCAUAUGGGAGUCGUACAAAGUCUUCUUUAGGUUCCAGAGACGGCUUCUCUCUGAUCUUUCCCCUGUGGGACUCUGGAGGGUCACACCAUUCCUUAUCCAUGAGAUCCAUGAUGUCGAUCCACUUCCAUCCUUGUUCUUUCUCUCCCUGUCUCAGUACUGCUCCCCUGAAAAGUCUACCACUAUUUCACGUUCCAUGUAAUUCAUUCCACUCAGCUUGUCUUCGUGUAUAAUUGAAAAUAAUAUCAAUUGUUAAUUUAACAUCUAGCUACUUUGCCAUAGAUUUUUUGAAUUUAAAAAAAAAAUUUUUUACAAUGUUGCAGUCAAAUAUUUGCUUUUGAAAUUAUUUUAUAAGUUCAGUAUUUCUGUAUGUUUGUGCAUGAGAAUAGUUACUGUGAACUAUUUAUGAAAAAAUUAAUUUUGAAUAGGUUCAUAUUGCACAUGCAUUUCUCCCACGUAUGAGAGCACAUGACGCAUUUACUGCAUGUAAAUAUGUAUGUACAGUAGUCGAUGACGUUACAGAAUAUACUGCUGUAUAGUACUGUAUGUACGUGUCUUAAUAUGGAGAGCACAGACUUAGUUCUUCCCAAUGACUCCAGUUCCUGUGCGGACACACUGUUUUACUGCAAGCAGUGUCCUUCCAGUUUUAAUCACUUAUGCUGUGUGUUUGUGUAUGUAUGUACAUAUGCUAUUUUAUUGAAAUGUGUCAGUUGCCUGUGUUUUUUUAUUUUGGUUUUUAAAAAGGUUUUGGUUCUAUUGGGCAUAACCCAAACAGCCACUUACCACUAAAAUCUUGACCUCAAAGAAAGUGUUAAAUUAGCUGAACAUUGCCUCUGUCAUUGUAUGUCAAAAGACAUGUCUACCAUGAUACUGUGUAAAAGUGUGUAUUUGGUGUGCCACACAAACACUGAUGUGAUUGUGCACAUACUGUAUACAGGACCUCUGUAGAGAUGUCUCUGUUUCUCCCCAGUUUAUACCCUUGCUGCUUCCAUUUCGGGAUGAGGGUUUAGUUGUUGUUUUUCUUUCUUGCUGCACACUAGAUGUAGAGAACAGCGCGAUGGACGUGCUUCCCAGGUGCAAGGCCAACAUCUCUGGACAGCAGGGCUGUCCUAUGGUGUGUGUGCAUCAUGUAAUAUGCGCUUAGUUUUAAAAUGUGUGUGGCAAUCUAGACUCUUUUCACAAUGGAUGCCAACCUGUGUUGUGGGGUGUGUUGUCCAGUGUGGUGCCCCUUAACCCCAUCUAGGUUGCCACUUGGCAUCUGAUGCUGCACACAGUGCGACUGGAGGGCAUUAGUGCUAUAUGAGUGUGUGAGCUGUUAGUUCACUUCCAUUUAGGUUUGAUUUAUGGACACACACUAGUGCCUUAGCCGUGAGAACAGAGGCAUAGAGGUGUGUGUGUGUGUGUGUGGUGCUGCCAGUAUUGCAGAGGAUUUGGAUGGUAGGGUUGAUACAUGAUGGGAGUGGGACACUGACGAGGCUUCCCUUCCUCUUUAGUAGAACAGUGGCCCUGCAUUUCUGUUCAUUUUUAUUAUAUAUAUUUUUUUCUUUCUAACGAUAGACCAAGGUGUGAAACAGGAAUCUGAAGCUUGGUGUUCCUUUUUUGAACCUUCCGGAACAUUUUUUGGUUUGAAGAGAAUAAAUCAAUAUUCUCUUCCUUGUCCCAUUCACAUGUCCAUCAGGGUUUCCAAGAUGGGAUUUUGAUUCCAAAUUGUUAGUGCUCUUUGAAAUGUGGGAUAGCACAAAGGUUAUAUCUAUGGGUGUUGUCACUAAAUGGACACUAUUGAAUCUGUUUAAUAUACAAAAUGAGAAUCAUGAUUAUGUCAAUCAUUUAUUUGCGUCUGUGAUCUGUUACAUGUUAUGUAUUGCACCUUUGGGAGAAACAGAAGAGAGACUGUAGGAUCAUCCGCAUACUCGCAUAGUGUCAUACCGAUAGAUGAGUGUUCAUAUCACUAAUGAUUUAUGAAGCUUCUUAUAGGCAUAAAGUCAAACCAAUUUGAGAAAGAUCACAGCGAUGGGUUUCUCCACAGUUUUUUGUUACCAUUAAGUAUGCAGUGAUUUUUGGUACUGUACAUUUGCUGUAGUUUGAAUGCAUUAUGCACUUUUUUACAUUUGUUAAAAUGUACUGUUUAUGAAAAUAAACGUUUUUUCAUAUCA